AUGGGUUUCGAUAUUGAAUGGCGACCUCAGUUUCUGCCGAAGCAGCCUGAGAAUCCUGUGGCGCUGGUGCAGUUGGCCAGCGAGGACGCAAUAUAUCUGUUUCAGGUUACCUCUAUGAGAGGGUUUCCUGCUGGUUUGGCCGAUUUCCUCGAGUCCAGUCAUACAUCCAAAGUGGGCGUCGCCAUCCAGGGUGAUGCAAUGAAACUAUUCAAAGACUACCGUGUCGAUGUAGGAGGUUGCAUCGACUUAUCACUUUUGGCGCGCACCGUGGACGAGAGGUGGACCGGAAAGUACAACAGACCGAUCGGUCUAGCCCAUCUAUCGGAGACGUAUCUGGAGCAUGGGUUACAGAAGGGUCGUAUAUCAAGAAGCGACUGGCAAGCGCCCCUCGACGAAGCACAGCAGAACUACGCUGCGAACGACGCCCACGCAGGCCUGAAGAUAUGGAAAGCGCUCAUGCAAAGGGCCGAUGCGAUGGACCCCGUUCCAGACCCGGACUACUACAGCUUCAGCUUGCGCGGAGGCGUGCUUCGCGAUGAUCAAGAUCGACCGUGGUUUCCGUUUAACCCAAACUACUCGGGCGUCGAUCGUGAGGAGCCGAAGCAAUUGAACGCUAAUGUGGCGUCGGCGACGAUGGAGUUGGAUACGUAG